CUCACUUUUUGCCUCACCCCCUCAUCCCAAGUGGGCAAGCUACUUGUUCCUUAAAUUUCUCCACUACCACUCAUCCUAAAAAAUGGUGCACACCAUGUUUGCAUUUCUUAAUAGGAAAGUAGCAGACGAGACAGUGGCAAAAGAACUCAAAGUCACGAAGGCAGUGUACAGAGAUGAGUCAACUAACACAAUGAAAUCACCAGCACAUGCAAAAACAGUAAAGAAGAGUGUCCGUUUUGCGGAUUCAGAAGCUUCCAUUUUUAGAGAGGAGAAUGAGAAGAAGUUGGUGAAAGGAAGCGAUGAAUUUGGAGGGAUUAGAGUGAAGGUAAAGAUGACAAAGGAAGAAGCGUCUCGGUUGCUGUCAAAAUGCAAAGAAGGAGGGAUUCUCGAAUUCAAGGAUGUUGCUCGUGAGCUUGUGGCAAUCCCACGAAACCGAGUUACCGUUGUGUCUGCUUUACACCAACGAUGAUACAUAUAUAUAUAUAUAUAUGAUCCAUUGCUCAAGGUCUUACUCGUACCUCAAUGUUGUUUAAUUAAGUUGUACUCUUGUAGUAUUAUUUAGUCAUGUUAAUUCAGAAAAUUAUAUAUAUAUGUAUCACAGUAUCAGUGUACAAUUCCUUCAGGAUUGUUCAAUUCUGAAGUUUUAUGCUUUCCUGAGGAACGACGAGACCACAAGACGAUGCAGGAAAUCCAUGCCAUGUAAUUAUGUAUUAUAGUGAAUUUACUCAGAUUAUUGCAUAAGAAAGUUUUGUUAGUUCUAGCCUUUUAUAUAGGGGUCAGCAUGGUUUCGUUUGGUUUGACAUAAAAAUCAGAACAUGUGUUUAAGCAUAGCCUCCUUCUAUUUAAUUAGUGAAUGUUGCACUCUGCA